GGGAUAUUUAUAUUUAAAAUUUAAAUCUUCGAAAUAUCCAAGGUUACGUCAACAAAUGUGAUUUUUAUUAAAAUUGCUUUAAAUUUAAAUACAAUUUUACUGGAAUUUGAUCUUUCUGUGUAAAUUCAACUCUCCUAUUUUACAAUGAGCACUACUAGAGAAAAAUACGGCCCUUUGGUGGGUUCUAUAGACGAAGGGACUUCAAGUACUCGUUUUCUGGUUUUCGCUUCAAAAACCGCCGAAGUAUUGACGUACCAUCAAAAAGAUAUCCCCCACAUUUGCCCACACGAAGGAUGGUUCGAGCAAGACCCUCAAAUUAUAAUGGACUCAGUCAUAGAGACUAUCCAGGUCGCCUGCGAUAACCUGAAGAAACUCAGUAUAGACUACGAAGAGAUUGUGGCCGUCGGCAUAACAAAUCAGAGAGAAACAACAGUGUUGUGGGAUAAAUAUACGGGAAAACAUCUGUGCAAUGCUUUGGUGUGGAUGGAUAUGAGGACUUCAAGCACAGUGGACGAAAUACUGGAGGACGGGAAGAAAUCGCAGUAUUUCUUACAGAGAGCUACCGGUUUGCCUGUCAGUACUUAUUUCAGUGCUUUGAAAAUCAAAUGGAUGAUGGACAAUGUGCCGGCAGUGAAAACUGCGGUAGAUGAAGGGAGGUGUCUGUUUGGAAAUAUUGAUACUUGGAUCAUAUGGAAUUUAACUGGUGGUGUGAAAGGUGGACUUCACAUAACAGAUUGUACAAAUGCCUCGAGAACUAUGCUAAUGAACAUAGAAACGCUGAAGUGGGAUCCGCAAUUGUGCAAAGUCUUUGGUAUUCCCGAAAGUAUUCUCCCAGAAAUACGUAGUUCAGCAGAAAUAUACGGCUAUAUAAUCGAAGGGCUCCCUUUAGCUAGAGUUCCUAUAUCAGGGAUACUAGGUGACCAACAAGCAGCUCUAGUGGGCCAGUUAUGUUUUAAUAUGGGCCAGGCAAAGAGCACUUAUGGUACAGGGUGUUUUAUUUUAUACAAUACAGGAACAAGUAUGGUACAGUCAACUCACGGACUUCUGACUACUGUAGGUUAUAAAAUGGGACCAAAUCAACCCACCAUCUAUGCUCUGGAAGGCUCUGUGGCAAUUGCAGGCAUUUCAAUGAAAUGGUUGAGGGACAAUUUAAAUAUUAUACACGACGUUACUGAAUCGGGUGACAUAGCCCAAAAUGUACAGGAUAAAGGCGAAGUAGUGUUUGUUCCAGCUUUCUCCGGCUUGUACGCUCCGUACUGGAGAAAAGAUGCCAGGAGUGUUAUAUGUGGUUUAAGUGAAGAAACCAAACCCGGGCAUCUAGUUAAAGCAGCCCUCGAAGGCGUUUGUUAUCAAGUAAGAGAUGUCCUCGAAGCUAUGGCUCUAGACUGUAAGAUUCCUUUAAAGAAGAUUUUAGUUGAUGGCGGGAUGACUGCAAAUGAUUAUUUGAUGCAGAUGCAAGCCGAUUACUGUGGUAUCCCCGUAGUUAGACCUACUAUGUUGGAAACUACGGCCUUGGGCGCUGCGAUAGCCGCCGGUUGCGCACCUGGUGUUGAAGUGUGGGACCCUAGAAAGAUAGUAGCCACGCCUAAUGAUGUUUUUAAACCUUCCAUAUCUGAGAGUGUUCGAGAUAUGAAGUAUACUAGGUGGAAAAUGGGAAUCAGUAGGAGCUUAGGAUGGGAAGUUGAAGAAAAGUCACGUUCAAGAUCGAAUCAUCUUCCCCGUCUUUCUAUUGAUGAGGAUUCUCGCUCAGGUGAAUCUCCUGGUGCGUCUAUGGCUGGUGGUCUCUUCGUUUUUGGAUCUGUGCUUGCUCUAGCUGUAGCGGAUUUUUUAAGAACUAAACGGAUAUUUUCUUAGAAAUAGCAUUCCGUUUUUUCUUAUUUUAUAGUUGCCAUUAGUAUGACACUUUUUUACUUUGUUAUUGUUUGAUUAGUACUUAAUUUUUUACGCGGCUGUGGAUGUAGAAAACUAAAUUUUUUAUGUAGAUUUAGUGUGAAAGAAGAGUGAUGAGAUGAAUAAAAAUAUAACUGAAAACA